AUGGAGCUGCCGGACGGCAACGGGAGCUGCCCGGACUGCAGCCUGGGGGCUCGCCCGUCCGCCGGGGCCACCACCGCCUUGGCCGCGGUGAUCAUCUUCACCAUCGUGGGGGACCUGGUGGGCAACGCGCUGGUGAUCCUGUCCGUGCUGAGGAACAAGAAGCUCCGCAACGCCGGUAACAUCUUUGUGGUCAGUCUGUCUGUAGCGGACCUAGUAGUAGCGGUGUACCCUUAUCCUCUCAUCUUGAGUGCCAUUUUCCAUAAUGGAUGGACACUGGGAAACAUUCACUGCCAAAUCAGUGGGUUCCUCAUGGGCUUAAGUGUCAUUGGGUCCAUUUUUAACAUCACAGUCAUAGCAAUCAACAGAUACUGCUACAUCUGCCACAGCCUCUGGUACGAUAAACUCUUCAACCUGAAGAACACCUGCUGCUAUCUUUGCCUGACCUGGAUACUGACAGUGGUGGCAAUUGUGCCAAACUUUUUUGUUGGAUCCCUGCGAUAUGAUCCCCGGAUUUAUUCCUGCACCUUUGCCCAGACUGUAAGUACAUCGUACACCAUAACAGUGGUAGUUGUUCAUUUUAUAGUCCCCCUGUCCAUAGUGUCAUUCUGUUACCUACGGAUUUGGAUUUUGGUGAUUCAAGUCAAGCACCGGGUAAGACAAGACUCCAGGCAGAAGCUAAGAGCAGCUGAUGUUCGGAAUUUUUUGACCAUGUUUGUGGUUUUUGUCCUCUUUGCAGUGUGUUGGGGGCCGUUAAACUUUAUUGGUCUUGCUGUCUCUAUUAAUCCUUCAGAAGUAGUGCCAAAAAUUCCAGAAUGGCUCUUUGUCCUGAGUUACUUCAUGGCCUAUUUUAACAGCUGUCUCAAUGCUAUGAUAUACGGGCUUCUCAAUCAGAAUUUCCGAAAGGAGUACAAAAGAAUCCUACUGACUCUAUGGACUCCGAGGUUGCUGUUCAUCGACGUGUCGAAAGGUGUGACGGAGGGACUGAAAAGCAAGCCCUCCCCAGCUGUAACAAACAACAACAACCAAGCUGAAAUACACUUAUGA